AUGACAUCUCUGCAAGAAGAAGCUCAAAAACGAAGAGAAAGAUUAAAAAAUCUAAGAGAGCGCAAAGAUAAAUUAGAAAAUGACGAAAGUGAUGAGAAGAAGGCAAAGAUGGAUGAUGAUGUUUGUCAAGCUCUGCCAAAGCCUGUCUUCAGGAGUUACCAGCCAACUGAUGAGAAACUGAAGGAAGGAGUGCUAGAACCAGCUAAACCACUUGAAAUCAAGGAACAAGUGAAAGAUCAGCUGAUUGAUGCCCAACAGACGAACAUUGUCGAAGAAGUGGACCUCCUGAAUCUAGCGCCUAGGAAACCUGACUGGGACUUGAAACGAGAUGUUGCCAAGAAACUUGAAAAGUUGGAAAGAAGAACACAAAGAGCUAUGGGAGAAUUAAUAAGGGAUAGGUUAAAAUCUUGUGAGAUGAAAUCAGAAGAGGUAGCCGCCAGCUUGUAUUUGACGACGUGA